AUGGCGAUGAUGAUGACUGGCCGUGCGCUGCUGGUGUGUGCCCUCUGCGUGCUGUGGUGCGGUGCCGGCGGUGGUGGACGAGCUGAAGCAGCUCCUCCAGCUCCUUCGGGCAGUACGCCCGAAAAGAGCACUAAAAAGGAUAAUGCGACCGUCGUUGACGCUGAAGGAGGUGUCCAAAACGAUAAACAGGCAGCGCCACAAGCACCCGCACUAACGGCGCCAGGAUUACAGGGAGAGGAAGCGGAAGCGCCAGCGAGACCAUCACAACAACCCGGAGGAGCAUCAAAAGCGGCAAAUACAACGACGGACAACACGGAUCACAAUACAGACGAUGAAAAGAGGGAAGAAGAACAACAAGAAGAGGAAGACGAAGAGGAAGAUGAAGAAGGGGAAGAGGAAGAGCAAGACGAAGAGGAUGGUACGAAAGAGGAGGAGACAAAGAAAGAAAAAGUUGUUGCCAGCACCACAGGGGAAAUGUCAGCAGUCAGUCGAGAGCAGCCAAGUUUAUCUUCUGGUACGGCAAGAGCAUCGAAUAUAACAGAUUCCAACAGCACCCAAACAACUGGAAACGAUGUUUCAGCAGCCGAUGCCGCAGGGACAGCAGAGGGAAAACAAAAUGAAAAUAAAGAUGCCAAUCCGAAAGAAACACCAGCGACGGUCGCAGCCAUGAAAACUACAACGGCGGCGACUGGCGACAGUGACAGCAGCACCGCGGUCUCCCACACCACCUCCCCUCUUUUGCUUCUUCUUGUUGUUGCGUGUGCGGCUGCGGUGGCCGCGUGA